CUGGUCCAGAAGAUCUCGUUCUUGAGCUUGACAUGGAAGACAGAGAGCAAAGCUUUUGGAUACACAUACAGUCUAUGGUACUUGUACAGCAUCUGACUUAACAUUGUGAAAUCUGUUUACAACACACACGAUACGCACGACCCGACAAGUAAUGCGAACAUAGCUAGACAUCAUGACGCAAUCCAAGCUCUACAAUUCAGCACUCGCCCGCUUCAAAACCACCGCCGAAGCCAAAUACACCGAUACCAAGGACCGCGCUAUCCUCUACGACUUCCUCAGAGAAAAGGGCACACCGGAAGACGCCAAAAAGGCUGCCGAAACUCUCCAAGUCGAAGCCGGAAGCAAGUACGGCAGUAGCCGCAGCGUCGGCGACACUAAAAUCCCGCAAGAAUGGAUCUCCAAUAUUCUCGGCAAUAUUGGGACAUUUAUCGAGGUGGGCAACUACGCGACGACGGGCGCGCCGGAAAGUGUGGGUUUGGCAUGGAUGGCGGUGAGAUUGACACUGUCGGCGAUACAGAAUAACUACGAGCUGUAUAAUUUCUUCGGUACUGGACUGAGUGAUAUCAGCGAGAUUAUGAUUCUCAUUCCAACCUAUGACCGCUUGUAUGACGAGAGGGACAAGGGGGGUUGGAAGCCGAGUCCGGUGGUGGAAAAACUCUUCAACGAUAUCAUCGAAGCAUAUGUGGCCGUGCUGGACUUCUCGUUGACCAUCAAGAGACAUCUGAAGGGAGGAGUUGUGGACCGGAUCCGCCAUGGCUUUAAAGACUUCUUCGGAGUUCAGAAGGGGAAGUUUGAGGGGAAACUCGCAGCCAUUGCCACGCUGAAGAAGAAGAUUCUCGAGGGAUCUGAUGCGGCCUUCCAGGAGAGGUCAUUAGAAAACUUAGACGGUAUGAAGGAAGUGAUGAGCGACGUUCGCGCGACAGUCGACCGAAUUCAAGCCUUCCAGCCAACUCUGCAGCGUUUCCAUGACGAGCAGAUGGCGGGGAUGGAUGAAUUGCAAAAAUCUGUUGCCAAAAUGGAUGGGAAACUCGACGGCAUUAAGGACGAACUUAAAGACGUAAAAGCUUGGAUAAGGCCGAAAUCGCCCUGGGAGCUCGCAAUCCAGGAAUUUGAUAAGAUCAAGGCUGUCCUGAAGCCCAUGAAGGAUACCCGGGGAGUCUUCCAAGCUUUCGCGGAACAGAGGUUUCCUGGUACUUGUGAGUGGGUGUUUGACGAUAUAUGGGCCUACACCGAAUGGCAACAGUCUAAGACUGCCAAACUUCUGUGUAUUACAGGUGCCGAAGGUAUGAUAUAUCUGGCAAUUUUGAAUUUAAGGAUAGUAGCUAAUCUUACAUGUAGGAACUGGCAAAUCGACUCUGUUGUCAGUAAUUGUUAGCCGACUCGAAAAGCAAUCCGAGGAGACUAAGCCAGUUCUACUUCAUGUUUCCUGCGAUGAGAGCUCUUUGAUAGGCACCAGUAGCGCUAGUAGGAGUGCCAGCAGUGUUUGUUACACGCUACUGUACCAGCUCUGC